UGCCAAUUACCAAAGUGGGUCGAAUACUCGAACAGAGGAAAAAAAUAACAGAAAGUAGGGUACAAUAAUGAAAGGAAAACCCUAACUAACCCAAUUUUGAUUCAUAUAAAUAUGAAUCUGAAAGAAAGGAAGAAACUUUGUUGAUGCCACACACUCUGAUUCGGCCAUGGCAACUUCGAGGACAGUGAAGGAUGUCUCUCCUCACGAGUUUGUUAAAGCUUACGCUUCUCACCUUAAGCGUUCUGGCAAGAUGGAGCUUCCUGAAUGGACAGAUCUUGUAAAAACUGCUAGGUUUAAAGAGCUUGCUCCCUAUGAUCCUGAUUGGUACUUUAUUAGAGCAGCUUCUAUGGCAAGAAAGAUCUAUCUGAGAGGUGGUCUUGGUGUUGGCGCUUUCAAGAGGAUUUAUGGUGGUAGCCAGAGGAAUGGAAGCCGUCCCCCACAUUUCUGCGAGAGCAGUGGUGCUAUUGCUAGACACAUCUUGCAACAGCUGGAAAGCAUGACCAUUAUUGAGGUUGAUCCAAAAGGGGGUAGGAGAAUAACUUCAAACGGACGAAGAGAUCUUGACCAAGUAGCUGGGAGAAUUGUGGUUGCUCCUUGAGAAUGGCAUAUUGAGAACUGAUGGUGGCCCUCUACUAGAAUUUAAUUUUGCUAUCUUUUUUUUUUAUCUGUCUGUAUCCAUUCUAGUUUGGAGUUUUGGGUGAGGUUUUGUUUAAAAUUACCGUGUUAUCACGUGUAAGACCGAAACAAAUUGAGUUAUAUUAAAAGAGUUGUGCAUUUUUGGUUUAAUUUUUAA